CUAAUCAAAUACCUGCAGACCCUUUUAAAUUGUAUCGACAACUCUGGCGCGUCCGUCGUGGAGUGUGUCAAUGUCCUGAAGAAGAAGCGACCCGCGACGAUCGGUGACCGCAUUGUCGUCGUUGUCCAGAAACAGAGAGCAGCUGCCUCAGAAGGUGCCAGCUCAACUGCCCUCGCAAACAAAGUCCGUCGCGGAGACAUCCGACAUGCCGUGGUUGUCCGUGUGCGCAAGGAGGUGCAGCGCCCUGAUGGAUCCCUUGUCCGCUUUGGCGACAAUGCCUGUGUCCUGGUGAACAAGGCUGGCGACCCUAUUGGGACCCGAAUGAACGGUGUCGUUGGACAAGAAUUAAGAGGGAAGCAGUGGUCAAAGAUUCUUUCUCUGGCCCCGAUGAAUGUGUAG